CCAUUAAUAAAAUGUCAAAAAUACCGUCAAUUACAUUAAAUAAUGGCAAAACUAUUCCGGUACUUGGUUUGGGAACUUGGCAAGGUCCACCAGGGAAAGAACAUGAAGUAAAACAAGCAGUUUUGGAUGCAAUCGACUUGGGUUACAGGCACUUUGACUGUGCCCACAUCUAUGGUAAUGAAAAGUACAUCGGAGAAGCCAUCCAACAAAAAAUUAAAGAGGGAGUGGUAAAAAGAGAAGAACUGUUUAUCACCAGCAAAUUGUGGAAUACCUUUCACAAAACCGAACUAGUUGAGCCUGCUCUAAGAACCACCCUCGAAAACCUACAGCUGGAUUAUCUGGAUCUUUAUUUGGUUCAUUGGCCCAUUGCCUUUAUUGAAGGUGGUGAUCUUCGACCCACGAAUCCAGAUGGCACCUUUAUCUUCAGCGACACCGAUUAUUUAGAUGCCUGGAAGGGGAUGGAGGAGGUAUACAAAAAAGGCCUUACAAAAGCGAUUGGUGUUUCUAACUUCAACAGCAAACAACUUGACCGCCUCAUCAAAAACUCAUCCGUCGUUCCUGCAGUGAAUCAAAUCGAGUGUCAUCCGUAUUUGAACCAGGUAAAAUUGCGCACCUUCUGUGAAGAACGCAACAUCAAAAUCACAUCGUACAGUCCAUUAGGAUCACCGACCCGGCCGUGGGCCAAACCGGGUGAUCCAGACGUGAUCAAUGAUUCCAACAUCAAAGCGAUUGCAGACAGGUACCAGAAAUCUCCUGCCCAGAUCCUGAUCAGGUACAAUAUCCAGCUGGGCAACACAGUUAUCCCCAAAUCAUCAAAUCCUAAAAGGUUGAAGGAAAAUGCUGAUGUAUUUGAUUUUGUUCUGGCACCCGAAGAUAUGGCACAGAUUAAGAAGUUUGAGUGCAACGGACGAAUUUGCCCAAUGAAUGGGGGAGAAGGAAGUCCUUAUUAUCCAUUUAAUGAUGAAUAUUGAUUUUAUCCAAUUUAUUAUUGUUAGUUUAAAAUGCCUCAAUUAAAUACUUAUAUUUAUUGGUUC